CAAGUUUUACUAAAUCCACACAAGUAGUCAAAUGUAAAAAAUUAUUCUACAAGGAUCCAACCCUCCAAAAAAAAUAUUCAUGACAAGUAAAAUAGAUCGGUAGCUUGACCUCUAAAUCAAUUCUUAUAUCCCAGGGGAGAUGCAAACUAUAGAACAGCCACCAGAUGGAGACAAAUUGCUGGGUGGCUUAGGGUGAGUGUUUGUUAGCUCACCUGACGGGCGUGUUGUGUCCCCUACAGGUGAGGAACRUGUGUUACAUGGUGAGUCGGAGGGAYAAGCUGAAACUGUCUCAGAGCAAAGCCCAGGAGCAGAUCUUCAACCUCCACGUCAAACUGCUCAGCCAGGAGAUCUCCGACGGUCUGCCAGUGGACAGCAUGUUGUUCCGGCCGCCUCCCAGAAUCACCCUGAAGCUGAAGAUGCCCAAAGUGUCGCUGGGUAACGGGAAGACCGGCUCCAAGUCAGGCAACGGCCCCCUCUGUCCAGAUAACAGCGGGAACGUUCACCAACGCAGUGGGGGAGGGAAAGGGCUAGGGAAGGGAGGGGGUAAGGGGGGAGGGAAGCCUCAGCUCCAUGGGCGAGGCAGGAGAGAGGAGCGCUCCAAUGGCAGUCUGCUGUCUGCUUCAGGUCAGUCACGUAGGGAGGAGACUAAUGCCACUGGGCCAACACUGACUAACCGUGCGGCCAGGGGCUCGGCCCAGACCGGCAAGCCUCUGAUGGCUAAACCGUUGGCGCUCCACGACGCCCUACAUGCCCACCCUUCCAAUGGAAACGGAAAACUGGACCAAGAGCGGACAGGGCCCGUUCCUAGAUCCAACGGCGUGGCCCAGAAGGACAGCUCUUGUCAGACCCCCAGCGAACAGGAAACCAGCGAGGGUUCAGGGGUCAAGGCCAGCCAAUCAGUCAGCUUCAGUGAUUCCACCAUGGAGCACUUCAGCCGGUCGUUCAAGGAGGCUACGGUCAGUUUGGUGCGGACCACGGAGGACCUGCGGGGGGACAAGGUGUCCCAGGGGGGUGAAGGCCCCAGAUCAGCCCAGGACCGYCCCUGGGCCAAACCAGCUCCRYGAYMCCCCCAYGGASRCWGUGGUACCAGARCACCACCCUACCAGGAGACGGACGGAUACUGCCCUGACCUGGAACUCAGUGACUCGGAGCAGAGCCCUACAGUCCAGAGUCCGGCUGGAGCGCCAAGAUAG